CCUCGGGGCCCCAGGGCGGGCAGGCUGGGGGGAGCCAAGUCCUCCAUGGCGGCCCCGACGGGGAAGGCGAGCAGGACAGGGGCCCUGCAGCCCAGGGCCCAGAAAGGCCGGGUGAGACGGGCCGUGCGCAUCUCCAGCCUGGUGGCCCAGGAGGUCCUGUCCCUGGGGGCCGACGUGCUGCCCGAGUACAAGCUGCAGGCGCCCCGCAUCCACCGCUGGACCAUCCUGCACUACAGCCCCUUCAAGGCCGUGUGGGACUGGCUCAUCCUGCUGCUGGUCAUCUACACGGCAGUCUUCACCCCCUACUCGGCCGCCUUCCUGCUGAAGGAGACUGAAGAGGCGCCCCUGGCCCCCGACUGUGGCUAUGCCUGCCAGCCGCUGGCCGUGGUGGACCUCAUCGUCGACAUCAUGUUCAUCGUGGACAUCCUCAUCAACUUCCGCACCACCUAUGUCAACGCCAACGAGGAGGUGGUCAGCCACCCUGGCCGCAUUGCCGUCCACUACUUCAAGGGCUGGUUCCUCAUUGACAUGGUGGCCGCCAUCCCCUUUGACCUGCUCAUCUUCGGCUCUGGCUCUGAGGAGCUGAUCGGGCUGCUGAAGACAGCGCGGCUGCUGCGGCUGGUGCGUGUGGCCCGGAAGCUGGACCGCUACUCGGAGUAUGGGGCGGCUGUGCUCUUCCUGCUCAUGUGUACCUUCGCGCUCAUCGCGCACUGGCUGGCCUGCAUCUGGUACGCCAUCGGCAACAUGGAGCAGCCGCACAUGGACUCCCGCAUCGGCUGGCUGCACAACCUGGGCGACCAGAUCGGCAAGCCCUACAACAGCAGUGGCCUGGGCGGCCCCUCCAUCAAGGACAAGUACGUCACUGCCCUCUACUUCACCUUCAGCAGCCUCACUAGUGUGGGCUUCGGCAACGUGUCCCCUAACACCAACUCGGAGAAGAUCUUUUCCAUCUGUGUCAUGCUCAUCGGCUCCCUCAUGUACGCCAGCAUCUUCGGCAAUGUGUCGGCCAUCAUCCAGCGGCUGUACUCGGGCACGGCCCGCUACCACACGCAGAUGCUUCGCGUACGGGAGUUCAUCCGCUUCCACCAGAUCCCCAACCCGCUGCGCCAGCGCCUUGAGGAGUACUUCCAGCAUGCCUGGUCCUACACCAAUGGCAUCGACAUGAACGCGGUGCUGAAGGGCUUCCCCGAGUGCCUGCAGGCCGACAUCUGUCUACACCUGAACCGCUCACUGCUGCAGCACUGCAAGCCCUUCCGAGGGGCCACCAAGGGCUGCCUGCGGGCCCUGGCCAUGAAGUUCAAGACGACACACGCGCCGCCCGGAGACACGCUGGUGCACGCUGGGGACCUGCUCACUGCCCUCUACUUCAUCUCCCGGGGCUCCAUCGAGAUCCUGCGGGGUGACGUGGUCGUGGCCAUCCUGGGGAAGAAUGACAUCUUCGGAGAGCCUCUGAACCUGUACGCGCGCCCUGGGAAGUCCAACGGGGACGUGCGGGCCCUCACCUACUGCGACCUGCACAAGAUCCACCGCGACGACCUGCUGGAGGUGCUGGACAUGUACCCCGAGUUCUCUGACCACUUCUGGUCUAGCCUGGAGAUCACCUUCAACCUGCGCGAUACCAACAUGAUCCCCGGCUCUCCGGGCAGCGCGGAGUUGGAGGGCGGCUUCAACCGGCAACGCAAACGCAAGCUGUCCUUCCGCCGGCGCACGGACAAGGACCCGGAGCAGCCAGGGGAGGUGUCGGCCUUGGGGCCGAGCCGGGCGGGGGCAGGGCCGAGUGGCCGGGGCCGGCAGGGGGGGCCGUGGGGGGAGAGCCUGUCCAGCGGCCCCUCCAGCCCCGAGAGCAGUGAGGAUGAGGGCCCAGGCCGCAGCUCCAGCCCCCUCCGCCUGGUGCCCUUCUCCAGCCCCAGGCCCCCCGGAGAGCCGCCGGGUGGGGACCCCCUGACCGAGGAUGGUGAGAAGAGCAGCGACACGUGUAACCCACUGUCAGGUGCCUUCUCAGGAGUGUCCAACAUCUUCAGCUUCUGGGGGGACAGCCGCGGCCGCCAGUACCAGGAGCUGCCUCGCUGCCCUGCCCCGACUCCCAGCCUCCUCAACAUCCCCCUGUCCAGCCCUGGCCGCCGGCCGCGGGCAGACGUGGAGACCAGGCUGGACGCCCUCCAGAGGCAGCUCAAUAGGUUGGAGACCCGGCUGAGCGCAGACAUGGCCACCGUGCUGCAGCUGCUGCAGAGACAGAUGACGCUGGUCCCGCCCGCCUACAGUGCUGUGACAACCCCGGGGCCCGGCCCCACCUCCACCUCCCCCCUGCUGCCUGCAGGCCCCAUCCCCACCCUCACCCUGGACUCACUUUCUCAGGUUUCCCAGUUCAUGGCGUGCGAGGAGCUGCCCCAAGAUGGCCCCGCUCGACGCCUCUCCCUGCCGGGCCAGCUGGGGGCCCUCACCUCCCAGCCCCUGCACAGACACGGCUCAGAUCCGGGAAGUUAGUGGGGCUGCCCAGUGUGGACACGUGGCUCACCCAGGGUUCAGCGCACCGCCUGGGCCCCUCCCCGUGGAGGCCCUGCCCGGGAGGCCCUGGCCGCCGACGGGAGAGGAAUAGGAAGGCACGGCCCCUCCCCCAGCCCUUGGGGGCCCACCUCCUCCUGCGGUCCCCGGGGGCCCCGGUGGGGGGGGCGCAGGGGCAGGGACAGGGCCGGGCAGUGGAUGGGGGUCUGUGGUCCCCCCACUGCCCUGGGGCAGUAGCUGGUCUAACUGCCCGGAGGCACCCGGCCCUGGGCCUUAGGCACCUCAAGGACUUUUCUGCUAUUUACUGCUCUUAUUGUUAAGGAUAAUAAUUAAGGAUCAUAUGAAUAAUUAAUGAAGAUGCUGAUGACUAUGAAUAAUAAAUAAUUAUCCUGAGGAGA